AUGAACCUCGUGGGCGCGCAGCUCGCGCGCUGGCAGGGCGCUGAGAUGAAGAGCGGGGAGCGGUGGGGGGAUAUCCGGGACGGGGAGGUCGCGUGCUCGGUGCUGUAUUCUGAUAUCGGGAAGAAGUUUUAUGCCAAGCAUGGGUGGCAUCCGUAUGAGAGUACGCACCUCGAGUUCCCGCCGCAGGCAUCGCCGCCACCCUCGGAAGCGGGGACCGAGGAAGCGGUCGGAGCGGUCGGAGCGGUGCAAGUCGAGGCCUCGCCGCUGGGCUACCACGAACUCGCAGAGCUCUGCUCCGUAGACGAGCGCCUCAUCCGCGCAAAGCUCGCAAAGAAGAGCACCAAGACUCGUGUCUCGCUCAUACCGGACCUAGAUGCCAUGCUCUGGCAUCUCAUGCGCGAGGACUAUAUGACCAAGCACAUCUUCGGCCAGACACCCACGGUCAGAGGCGGGGUCGUAGGCGAGCACGGGUCGCGGGUAUGGGCUGUGUGGACGAGGGGUUACUACGGUGGAUUGAAGAAACCCGAGGGAAACACGAUGCAUAUCCUACGGCUUGCGAUUGAGGACGAGGAAGGGAGUGGAGAUGAGUAUGUGCAGGGGGCUAUCGAGGCGUUGUUGAGGUUGGCGAGGGCGCAGGCAGCGGAGUGGAAAGUGAAUGGUGUUGAGAUGUGGAAUCCUGAGCCCAGGGUCAGGGGGUUGAUUGAGAAGGCGGGCAUUCCGCAUGAGUUUAUUGAGAGGGAAAAUGAUAGCAUCGCCAGCCUCAUGUGGUAUGGCCAAGGAGAGGUUGAAUGGGUGCUCAAUGAGAAGUUUGGCUGGUGCUGA